AUGGCGGCGGCGCACUUUGUGUUCGUCCCGCUCAUGGCGCAGGGCCACCUCAUACCGGCGGUCGACACCGCACUGCUGCUGGCCACCCAUGGCGUGCUCUGCACCGUCGUCGCCACGCCGGCCACGGUGGCGAGGGUGCGUACCCACCGUCGAAUUGGCCCGACGGUCCACCUGGAGGCCGUGCUCGAGGAGAAGUCUGGCGAGCUUGCAUUCCCGAGGACGAGGCAGGUGUUCAUGCUGAACAACACGCACGCCAUCGUGCGCCACGCCGUGCGCUCCAACCUCGCCAUGUUCCUGCCGUCGGGAUGGGCACGUGCCUGGGAGGAGCGCAUGGAGGGCUACGUCAAGAGCUACCUCGACAUGUCGUGGGCGCCCAUCGUAUCACGCCUCGCCGCCGGCGCCGCCACCACGGCGGCGACAAAGCCAGCCACCGUGAGCGUGCUCCGGCGGCAAUGA